GUCCGGAGUCCGAUCCCAUCGAACACCUUCCAGUCCAUUCCCAUCCUCCCGCCCCACGGCCCCGAACCACACGAAGCCCCUAUGCGAUUUCCUCGUCGGCCGCCCCGCUCCGCGCUGGCGCGGCUCGUCGCCGUCGCGCUCCUCCUCGCGGCUCUUGCCGGGGGCGCUGCGGCAGCCGCCAUCACCGGCGAUGGCUACGGGCGCGGGAGGAGGCUGUACAUGAGGAACAAGGUCCUGGAGAUGUUUUACCAUGCUUAUGACAACUACAUGACUUAUGCAUUUCCGCAUGAUGAAUUGAAGCCUCUUACCAAAAGUUUCACUGACUCACUUAGUGAGCUUGGCAACCUAAAUCUUGAACAUCUGCCGAAUGAUUACAAUGGAUCUGCACUUACACUAGUUGAGUCAUUGUCGAGUCUUGUUGUCUUAGGUAACCUCACGGAGUUCGAGAGAGGAAUUCUCUGGCUUUCAGAGAACCUAACAUUUGAUGUUGAUGCCCGCAUAAAUCUUUUUGAGUGCAACAUAAGACUUCUUGGGGGGCUUAUUUCUGGUCAUAUUCUUGCCAAGGAGCACAAAAUUCAUCUUAAAGAUGGACUAUAUCAGGACCAGUUACUACUUCUUGCUGAAAAUUUAGGCAAUCGUUUUCUGCCAGCUUUUGAGACACCUACUGGAUUGCCAUAUGCAUGGAUCAAUCUUAAGUACGGGGUGAUGGAAAAUGAGACAACUGAGACAAGCACAUCAGGGUGUGGUUCAUUGAUUCUUGAGAUGGGUGCAUUAUCACGAUUGACGGGUGAUUCUAGAUAUGAGGCUGCCGCUCUUCGUGCUCUUCGUAAGUUAUGGAACAUGAGAAGUUCACUAAAUCUUGUAGGCACAACACUUGAUGUCUUGACUGGCAAGUGGAUUGAAUACUCAUCAGGCAUUGGUGCUGGGGUUGAUUCAUUUUAUGAGUAUUUGAUUAAAGCAUACUUUCUUUUCGGAAGUGAAGAAUACUGGGAUAUGUUUCAUUCAGCUUACCUUGCAGUGCAGAAGUAUUUCAGACAUGGCCCAUGGUAUCAUGAGGCCGAUAUGAGGACCGGAGAAGCAACACAUUGGCAACUAACUAGCCUUCAAGCCUUCUGGCCAGGUCUUCAGACACUUCUAGGAGAUGUUUCUGCUGCAAAUAUAUCACAUCGUGAAUUUUACAGUGUAUGGCAAAGGUUCGGUGUACUGCCUGAAAGAUAUCUUUUGGACCUCGGAAUGUUGCAUCCUACAGAAAACUAUUAUCCUUUACGUCCAGAGUUUGCCGAGUCUACAUUUUAUCUUUACCAAGCAACUAAAGAUCCUUGGUAUCUAGAAGUUGGUGAAGCUAUUGUUGGAUCCCUCAAUUACUAUACUAAAGUGGAAGGAGGUUUUGCUAGUGUCAGGGAUGUUUCAACAAUGAAACUUGAAGAUCAUCAACAUAGCUUCUUUCUUUCAGAAACUUGCAAAUAUCUUUUUCUUCUCUACGAUGAUUCAUUCUUGAAGAAGCAAAAUUACAUAUUUACCACCGAGGGUCACCCCCUUCCUAUAAGGAGCACUUGGCAUGAAAAAAUCCCUACAACACAUGUUCCCAGCAACUGGACAUUCGUUAAGGAUGACGACCAACCUAUCCGUGUGAGCGCACUGUCGUCUCAAGUUUGUCCUGAGACGAUUUUUCGGCAAAGCGUUGACUCCCCAUGGGAGAGUGCGUGCCACAUACCAGACGUGUUUCCUACCCACAGAUGCAGGACUGAUGAUGAGUGUGGGGUAGAGUCCGUAUCAUGCAGGAGGAGAACUUGCAGUAUGGCUGGUUACUGCGGUUUGUGGCUGGGGGUUUAUUAGCUUUCCUUUGUGUGGAGAUUAUACUGUUUCCAUUUUUAAAGGCACGAAAAAUGAACUUUACUGGACGGUCUCGUCCUGUUACUUCUGUACAUUAGAACAUAUAUUUUAAUCAAUAGAGCAGAAUGACAGAAAAGUCGACGUCCCAGUUGUAGCCCUGAAUGAGCUCGUAUGCAAACUUCUCCUAAUCAUCGUACGAAGUAUUCUUGCUCAUGUCACUUUAAGGGGGUGAUUGCGAAAAAAACCGAACCAUAUAUUUGUAAAC